GAAGAAAAGACGGGAGGUUUGCUCUCCGAUCUCCGGGCUGCAGCUGCAUCAUGGAUGCGGAGCUAAGAAGAACCGUGUGGAUUUUGGUUCCGGUCCUGCUCGUCUCUUUGUCAAGAGGGACGUUCGGUGAAGAUGUUUGUGACAGCGCGUUGGUGUCCAAUCUGCCGCCGUCAGCCUUCCGCAGCUCAUCCCAGCUGUCCAGCAGUCACGCUCCGGUCUUCGCCAAACUCAACAGGAGAGACGGAGCAGGAGGCUGGUCUCCGCUCACUUCAAACUCGUAUCAGUGGCUGGAGGUGGACCUUGGACAGAGGACCAGGAUCACAGCCGUGGCCACGCAGGGUCGCUACGGCAGCUCUGAUUGGCUGACGUCCUACUUGUUGAUGUUCAGCGACACGGGACACAACUGGAAGCAGUACCGGCUGGAGGACAGCAUCGGGUCUCUUACAGGCAACAGUAAUGCAGACAGUGUGGUUCUGUACAAGCUGCAGCAGCCGGCCAUCGCUCGCUUCCUCCGACUCAUUCCUCUGGGAUGGAACCCGAGCGGACGCAUCGGACUCCGGCUAGAGACGUACGGGUGUCCUUACAUUUAUGAGGUGAUGUCUUUGGAUGGCAGCAGCGGUCUGGUGUACAGUUGGAGCGGCGGGCCGAGGCAGGUGUCCAAAGAGGAGGUCUCUGUGAACUUUAAGAGCCUGAAGAAUCGGGGGCCACUGUUGCAAGCUGAGGGACCGUCUGGGCUGGGCCUCAGUCUGGAGCUGGAGGGAGGGAAAGUGUUGCUUCUGCUCCGAGAAGCCUGGACUUCCUUCCCCGGACCACGUCGCCUGGCCUCGCUGGGCAGCCUGUUGGACGACCAGCAGUGGCACCUAGUGGCCAUAGAGUGUCACGGCACUCGGUGCAAUCUGACCGUGGACCAGCACACAGAGACGGUGGAUCUGCCGCCGACUUUUGACGACUGGCACAUCCAGCAGCUGAGUGUGGGGGUGCUGCCCAAACCUGACCCCCCCAGUAGGAUGUUCGAAGGUUGCCUGGAGAACCUUGAGUACAAUGACCAGAACCUGAUCGAACUGGCCAGACGCGGCGACCAUCAAGUGACGAUGACGGGCAAUGUCACCUUCGCUUGCGCCGAGCCACUCUCCGUCGCCGUGACGUUCCCUGGGCCCCGCAGCUUCCUGCGGUUGCCGGGGGCAACGGGCUCCGUGCCUGGCGCGGUGUCGGUGGACUUCCAGUUCAGGACGUGGAACGAGGCGGGGCUGCUGCUCACUUUUGAGCUGUCCCGGCAAGUGGGGGCGCUGUGGCUGUACCUGAGCGAGGCCCGGCUGAGGCUUCAUGUUGAGAAGGCGGGCAGGGUGCUGCUGGAGAUCAGGGCAGGAUCAGCUCUCAAUGACGGUCAGUGGCAUUCAGUGGAGCUGAGGUCCAGACGAGGUCACCUGACCAUCAGCGUGGACAAAGACGAAGGCGGAAGUGGCGUCGCUCAUUCCAGCCCUUCCUUUCCUGUUGCCAUCGAGAAGAACCUGUUCUUUGGUGGAUGUCCUGUGGAGGACGAGAAGCAGGAGUGCAGGAAUCCUUUUCCCAUCUUCCAGGGCUGCAUUCGCCAGCUUAUCCUGGACCAGCAGCAUGUGGACCUCAUCCUGGUGCAACAACAGAAGCUGGGAAACUACAGCGACCUCCUGAUUGACAUGUGUGGCAUCAAUGACAGGUGUUCUCCCAGUCGCUGUGAGCACGGCGGCCGCUGCAGUCAAUCCUGGACUCACUUUCACUGCAACUGCAGCGACAGCGGCUACAGCGGCGCCACCUGCCACAGCUCGGUGUUUGAGCGGUCCUGUGAGGCAUACAAACACAACGGCAACUCUUCUGGAUAUUUCUCCAUCGACGUGGACGGCAGCGGACCGCUUAAACCGCAGCUGGUUUACUGCAACAUGACAGAGGAGAACACGUGGUUGGAGAUUCAUCACAACAACACGGAGCUGACCACGGUGAGGAAGUCUGGUGCGGAACGUCAACAUUUAGUUCGGCUGGACUAUAAAGCGAGCGAAGAGCAGCUGUCGGCCGUCAUCAGCCAGUCGGAUCACUGCGAGCAGGAACUGUCCUACCACUGCAGGAAGUCCCGCCUCCUCAACACUCCUGAGGGCUCCCCGUUAAGCUGGUGGCUGGGCGGUGCCGGUCCGGGUCAACGACAGAAUUAUUGGGGCGGGGCCCAACCAGGGAGCCAGCGGUGUGCAUGUGGCCUGCGGGGCAACUGCUUGGACCCACAACAUUACUGCAACUGUGACGCUGACAGCGCUGAGUGGACUGAAGACUCUGGGCUGCUCAGCAACAAAGAGAGCCUCCCUGUCAGGUCUCUGGUGCUGGGUGACGUCCAGAGGCCGGGCUCGGAGGCCGCCUAUAGGGUGGGGCCGCUGCGUUGCCAUGGAGACAAGAACUUCUGGAACGCCGCCUUUUUCGACAAGGAGACGUCCUACCUCCACUUCCCUACGUUCCACGGGGAGCUGAGCGCCGAGAUAUCCUUCAUGUUCAAAACCACCGCUCCCUUCGGCGUGUUCCUGGAAAACCUGGGCAUCCGAGACUUCAUCCGGAUUGAAAUGAGCUCUCCCACUCGGGUGGUUUUCUCCUUCGACGUGGGCAAUGGACCGCUGGAAGUCCACGUGGAGUCGAGUGCCCCGCUGAACGACGACCGGUGGCAUCAGGUCCGCGUGGAGCGCAACAUAAAGGAGGCGUCCCUGCGACUGGAUGCACUUCCUGCCGCCACAUUGGAGGCUCCUGCCGACGGACACGUUCACCUGCAGCUUAACAGCCAGCUCUUCAUUGGGGGCACGGCGUCCCGCCAAAAGGGCUUCCGGGGUUGCAUCCGCGCCCUGCAGCUCAACGGCGCCACCCUGGACCUGGAAGAGAGGGCCCGCAUCACACCCGGCGUUGGACCCGGCUGCCCGGGUCACUGCAGCAGCUACGGCCCGCUCUGCCGCAACCACGGACGUUGCCUGGAGAGAAGCAACGGCUUCCGCUGCGACUGCGGCCCGUCGGCCUACGCCGGAGUCUUCUGUCACGCAGAAGUGUCGGCCGCUUUCAAGCCGACGACGUCUGUCCGCUACACCUUCAAAGAGCCCUACAAUUGGAGCAAGAACAUCAGCGCGCCGCCAUCCUCCAUCUUGUCUGACUUGAGCCCGAGGACGGAGAACGUGUCCCUGAGCUUCAGGACCGGCCAGAGUCCAGCUCUUCUGCUCUACGUGUCCUCGUCCCAGCGGGAGUACCUGGCGCUGCUAAUCAACAAGCACGAUAAGCUGGAGGUGCGCUACAAGCUACACAGCAGCAGAGAAGUAGAGGUGUUGAGGAGCAAAGCAAAGACUUUGGCUGACGGGCGUCUUCACACACUGAACAUGAGGAGAAUGACGGACAUCGUGUCUCUGCAGGUAGACCAAAACGCCAGAGAAGACUUCAACCUGACGUCCGAUGGAGAAUUUAACGGCGUCAAGGCGCUGUUGCUGGGCAGAAUAAAUGAUCCGGGAGACGUGGAUCCAGACUUGGUCCGCUUGGCCUCCCUGGGCUUCAGCGGCUGUCUGUCGGUGGUGCGCUUCAACGCCGUCAGCCCCUUGAAAGACGCUCUGCUCCAGCAGGGUGGCGCCGGUCCCCACGCCUUCGUCGUCAGCGGCCCGCUGCUGAGCUCCACUUGCGGAUCCACGAUGUCCGCCAAUCCCUACGCGGCUCACAACACUCCCCACCUGUCAGACCCGUCAGGUUCAGGCCAGCCUUUAGUCAAUGCCAUCCGGACUGACUCGGCUCUGAUCGGAGGCGUCAUCGCCGUGGUUAUCUUCGUGAUGGUGGCCGGCCUGGCGGUCGCCGCCAAGCUCCUGUACCACAGGAAGGAGACCUAUCGGAACCAAGAAGUGAAAGACGCCAAUUGCGAGGACGGCCAGGACUUCGCGUUCAACCGCCAGACGGACUCCCAGAAUGCCACGGGGCAGAACCCAAAGGAGUAUUUCAUCUAGGAAGACUAGAGUUCACGCAUGACAACUUCCCACUUGGACCUUUUUUGUCUCUUAAAGACCAAGUGAAAGUGACGACACGUGUAAAUAGUCACUUGUAAAUAGGAACUUUUUGUGUCUUUGUAUGAGCGCCAUCAAGUUAUUUUAUGACCACCGCCAGACUUUGCACCCCUUUCCCUAAAAUUCCGACUUUAAAUUCUGAGACACGCAAAAGUCUUAGUCCAGCACAAGCUAAGAUGUUUUAAUGAGCUUUUACACUAAUCAAUAUUCAUAAAUAAUACAAUACACACUGAACACAAGGAUUUACUGCAGGGGUGUCCUAACACAGUGGUCCCCAACCUUUUUGUAGCUGCGGACCGGUCAACGCUUGAAAAUUUGUCCCACGGAC